UCGCACCAUGGCUGAUCAGCUGACUGAAGAGCAGAUUGCUGAAUUCAAGGAAGCUUUCUCCCUAUUUGAUAAAGAUGGUGAUGGCCCCAUCACAACAAAGGAAUUAGGAACUGUCCUGAAGUCACUGGGUCAAAACCCAACAGAAGCUGAGCUGCAGGAUAUGAUCAACGAAGUGGAUGCCGAGGGUAAUGGCACCACUGACUUCCCAGAAUUUUUAACUUUGAUGGCUAGAAAAAUGAAAGAUGCAGAUAGCGAAGACGAAAUCUGUGAGGCAUUCCGAGUCUUUGACAAGGACGGAAAUGCGUACAACAGUGCAGCGGAGCUCCGUCAUGUCAUGACAAACUUAGGAGAAAAGCUAAGAGAUGAAGAAGUAGAUGAAAUGAUCCGAGAAGCAGAUAUUGAUGGAGACGGACAAGUUAUCUAUGAAGAAUUCGUACAGAUGAUGACUGCAAAAUGAAGACCUACUUUCAACUACUCUUCCCCCCUCUAGAAGAAUCAAAUUGAA